AUGAGCUUCGACAGCGAUAAGUGGUUUUUUGUAUUUGGAACUUUGAAGCCAGGAUUUACUUAAUUCUCUUGGAAUUUAUAAAUUCAUAAUGACCAUUUUAAAUUAGCUUGCCAUAAAGCUUAUUUGAGGGAUUAUGAGCUGUAUUAAUGUAAAUAUCCUACUAUUAUCUAAGAAGCUGGAAAGUAUGUUGAAGGAUAUAUAAUUACAUCUGAAAAAUGGGAUGAACUUGUUAAGAUAUGUGACGAAAUAGAAGAAUAUCCUGCUUAUUAUACAAGAUUUUAAGUAUAAGUUGAGUUAGAUGAAGAUCCAUAGAAAAAAGUGACUGCAUGGGUUUACUAAAUGCAACCAGACAGAUAUAAAUUAGAAGAACUAGAGAGAAUUGGUCCUAGUUUUCAACCUAAAUGA